CACCAUCAUGGAAUUUUCCUGAAAGUUGGAUGUGCAAUGACCAUUAUCCUCCUUGUAAUAGUAAUUGUGCUCAGCAUUUUUGUUAUCCGUUUCAAAUCUGCAAGACAUAAUGAAGUGGAUAAUGAAUCAAAAGAGAAAUACUGCCCUGGGAAAAGUGAAUCUGGAUCAAUCACCCCAAUGGUUUCUUCCAACUCUUCAACCGCUCAUAAGUCAUGUCCCUCUGAUGACUGGAAACUACAUGGGGGGAAAUGCUACUGGGUUGCUGAACAUAGGAAAUCUUGGAAUGAAAGUAAAAAUGACUGUGCCAUGAAAAAUUCACACCUUAUGGUGAUUCAAGACUUAAUUGAUAUGAGUUUCCUAUGGCAGCACCUACAUCAUCCAGCCACUUUUUGGAUUGGCUUGAGCAUUCCAUCUGGAGGAAAAUCUUGGAACUGGGUGGACAACAACUCUUUUGACUCCCGUCUGUUUUCAACACAAAACAAGCAACGGACCCGGAACAUGAAAUGUGCCCAGGUAUCUCAGAUUGGCAUAGCUCCAAAAAAAUGUGAAGAUAAUAAACAGUGGAUUUGUCAACUGUAAUCCACUCUGCAUAAUAAACAGUGGAUAAAUUAUGUCUCCAUUUCUCUGACUGAAAAACACCACAUGAAGUUUGAACUCAGAUCAUAGGUGUUGUCACACAGCAGCCUAGCAGACUGUCCUCCCAAGUCUUUCCUUGUGGAAAGAAAAGUCUGUGAGACUGUGUCUUUUUUGGACGUUGCUUAUCUCAAUGUUUUACACCUCAUGUCUCUCUGUCUGGUCCCCAAAAGGUGGUUUGCAGCCAAUGACGAGUAAGAUUCCCCACGGGGGAACAACUCAAGCCAGGUGGAAUGGAGUGGGGACCCCCCAGUGAGCUUCCUUAGAAGAUCCGGGAGGAGCCUUGCCUCCCCUUCCCCCCUGCCUGGGAAAAGCCAUUGCUGACUCUGGCUUUCCUCUCUCACCUGAUUGUGAGAGAAGUCAUGAGGGCUAUAAAGAUCAGCUCUCUCCACUUAUCUUAACAGAAUUGUUACAAUGUGAGAGACUUGCCCCCCCACGGAGAUGCAUAUCUCACCUAAGUCGUCACAAGACUUUCUGUUCCAGCUGCUUGGGGACAAAGAUAAUUGGUUUGAUUCACUUUUGUAAAAUGAUGUAUGAGAUUCACAGACCGUGGAAUAGAUAAUGCUAAUUCCUUAUGUGACUAUCAAUAAAAGCCACCAGUUGGCCCAAUUUGAGGCUCCAGUCUCUCUGUUCAGGCUGCGAGACCCCCUGGCCUUCUGAGAUUUAAACGCAUUAAGUCUUUGCUUCUUUCUUUCUUAAAACUUAACCCAAAGCUGCCCCCUUCUCCUUCCCUCACUGCCCGUGUUGCACUGGACACAACAAUAGGGUAGUCCAGAGGGUCAUUUGUGUCCUAGAGGGCUUUGUGUGUGUGUUUGUGUGUGUUCAUUUAUGAUUCUUAUGGUUACAGUACUAUUUCUCAUAGGUGUGGGAAGGGUGCUAGAAAAAAAAAAUUGUUAUAUAAAAUGAGUACAUAUGCUGAAUGUAUUUUUUUCAUUGGAAUUAUCAGUUAUUUAAUCACUAGUUUCAUCUUGCCUGUAUUUUUGGAAUUUCAGUUUUAAUGUUCUCUACACCUUCCCUCUAUAGUAUCCUCAGCUAAUCUCUUACAUUCUGACAGUUUCAGUUACCAAUACAAAUCAAUACAUAUCAAAUUUAUACCUCUAACCCAGAUCACCAAUCCUAUAUACCAUACUGUGUAUUUAAUACAUCAAAUCUAAAACCUCAGAUUCUUCGAACUCAACAUAUAAAAAAAAAAAAUUUCGGGGCCGGCCCAGUCGCUCAGGCGGUUAGAGCUCUGUGCUCCUAACUCCGAAGGCUGCAGG